AAUAUAUUCAAAUAUUGAUUGUUCAUUCUAUGUGUAUCUUUCUAUCUGCCUUGCAGCAGAAAGGGAGUUUAUUUUAACAGGAACUACGGAAAACAAAUCAAAGAUAACGAAUAGGUCAUGCUCUCGUUUUAGCAUUAAGAAAUAGAUGAUCCUUUCAUAGUGGUCUUGAUUUUUAAUCUGAGCUUUUAAUACUACUAUUAAUUAAUAAUCUAUGUAUGUAUGUAUUAUCUUAUAGACUAGUAAUUAUCGUGGUCCACUUGUUACAAAAUCAUCAUCGUCACUUAUUGACUAUUGUAUCUGUCUACUUUGUAAAAAAGAAGAAAUUAAUUUGUUUUUUUUGUAUAAUAGUUGUUCUGUAAAGACGUAAAAUUCUUUUAUUCCAAUUUUUCUCGUAAAACCCUUCAUACUUCUCUCUCACUUAUUUCAACCGCGAUACAACUUUCUUAUUAUGAAUAUGUCUCGGUUAAAGGAUCAGAACGAUGAAAAAAUACAAUAAGAACAGUAUAAUGACAAGUAACUUAGAUAUGCUGUGUCUCGUUUGUAAUAUUUACUUGAAAAGUACUCAUGAGGCAGACAUGCAUAUAUUACUACCGAUUCACAAAAAGAACUAUUCCAAGACUGACUACAUCGAGAAAUAUGAAGAUGACCGUAUUAAAAAGGUCUCAGUUGGAUACUAUUGCGAGAUUUGCAAUUUGCUGUUUCCAAUUUUAUCCAAAAUAAAUUUGCAUAUAAACGAGGAAAGUCAUAUAAUGAACAAAAAAUCCAACGUUUUGAAACGAGAAAGACACCACAUAUUAGCCUACGACGAACUGUUAAUCGACGUCAAAUCAUGGCACGGCCUCAAAGACAAUGCAUGCUGUAUAUGCAUCACGGAAUUUCAUAAUGAAGAUAUUCACAAAACGCAUAUUUCUCACGUUAUAAAUUUAAUACAGAAAAAAAUUGUGUUUGGACCACACAAAGCUAUUUACCGUCUGGUCGAUGAUAACACUUAUCAGUGUUUGAUAUGCAACAGUAUAUUGUCAAAAAAUUUUAUUGAGUCACAUUUGAACGAAGCAAUUCAUCAUGAGCAUAUGAAAAAAUGCAGUGAAUUAUAUAAUGCUUUUAUAAAUAAUAACGAAAUCAAAAUUCCUACGAAUUUUUAUGAUGUUGACAUUAAAAAUGAAACCAAACUGCAGAUUACUAAUAACACGGUUAAUUCUGAUACAUUACUUGUAGAAUCUGAACAUGAAAUAGUAAGUGAUCCGAAAAUAAAACCAAUUUCAGCUCAAAUGGACGAUAAACCAGAGGAAAAAGACUUUGAGGAUUUUGACUUUAACAGUGACAUUAAAAGAAGUGAAAUUGGCUCUUCUAAUAUUAUAAGUGACUUAACUACAAGCUAUAAUAAUGAUAUCACUACUAAAGAAAGAAAUCUGGACAAAAUAUUAGAGAAUGUACAAAAAUUCGAAAAAAAUGAGGUGAACAUAAAUUUUGAAACUGAAACUGCAUUUUGCAAGAAAUGUUUUACAAACAUAGAUUUCAAUUUUGUAUCCAUAAAAAAACAUAUUGAUGAAAAAAUACACACAGCCAAGGAAAGAUUUCUGUCACAUUACGUGCCGUUUCAAUGUGAGGCAAAAACAAGUGAACCACUUAAGAAAACAGACAAUAAACAUAAAAACUUUACAUCAGUGACGAAUACUAGUACGACGAAUGACAUUAGUGCACCUAUCGUUCCUUAUUAUUCUAAAGACUAUGGGAAUGUCAAUGGAGACCGUAAUAAAGGCAACGAAAAUCACGAAGAAUCAGAUCAGAGUUCUAUAGAUGACAAUAUGGAUAUUAAUGAUGAUUCCAACAAAGCAGAAAAUGACCCAGUUACAUAUGCAAAAACAAAUCACCUAACAUAUAAUAAAAACAAUCGCAACACAUACUGCCGAAUAUGUGAAAAGAAAUUUCCUUCAUCCUUACACUCCAUGAAAGAACAUGUAAACGGCGCAAAACAUAAAAUGUUACUUUUAAAAAGUGAAAUGACGGUAUUGAAAAAGAUAUCGUCCCGUAUAUUUUUCGAUGACGUCUCAUUAACAAAGGAUCUUGCUUUCAUAAACAAUAAAUAUUGUUUAUCAAAGUUAAGUUUCUUUAUGUUGUCUCCUGUUCAUCCCUAUAUAUUGAAAUGCGAUAUCUGCGAAAUUCUUUUAUAUGAAGAACAGGCAUCAUCACAUGUUAAAUCUGACAGUCAUUCUACGGUUUUUAGAGAUAUACCUGUGGUGACGUCAUUGACGAAUGAAUUUGUCAGACAGGCGACAUCUGGAAUGUUCCACUGCGGUUUUUGCAACCACUAUAUUAAUGGCUGGAUAAACCUUAAUACUCAUUUGAAAACUGAAGAUCACAUCAAGCAGGCAUCUAAAUUUCAGAGAUUACUUCUCAUCUAUUUGCCUAGACUAAGAGAAUACAAGCUACAACAAAUGAGGCAAAAUAAUUAUACACUUAAUUUAUAUAAACAUUUUCUUUUUAAUUAAGUCUUAUUUAAAUAAAAAAUAUUAACAUUAAAAAAUACUGUUGUUAAAAUAUUGGACAAUUUACAUAUAUUCUUAAUUGUAACAUUUUACUGUAUUUUCAGCGAGUAUUUUGGCUAUCAAUAACGUUAUAUGCUAUUAUUUUCUCUGAAAUGAUAUUCCACUUCUAAGGUACUAUCAAAUGGAAUACCUAAUAAUUUAUGUAUAAAAAAGCGAUAAGCAUUUAUGGGAGAAUUUAGAUUAUCUGAUGAUGACUUUAAAAAUAAUGUGAUAAUUAUAAUUAUAAAAUAAAACAUAGAAUAUUUACAAACAUUGUUUAUUAUUCUUAUUGUUCAUUUUCUUUUUCCAUAUCUUUGCAUGCCAAAACUAUAUCUAUCUAAAAGAGUAUUACAACAUUGUUUAUUUAGUCUGUACCACGAUGCACAAUAAUGCGAAGGUACUGUAAGCUUUCGGCACAAUUUGCAUGCUGACGUUGAAAUAUUCCAAGUCCUAAAGUCAAUAGACUUGUAAAAAUAGUAUUUCAGCAACUCUUUAGAAGUAAAUGAAAUUUUUAAUGACUCUGGAUGGGAUAAAUCAAGUCAGAGAAUUAAGAAAUACCCAAUUAUAUUACAGACUUUUUCGAGAUGAAGUAUGUACGGUCAGUCUUUGUAUUAAAGUUAUCAUUGAUUGCUAUAAUUGCUUUGCGGGUGGUAAUUUAUGCUAAAAACUUUAUGCUGUGUAAAAUCUUUAAGCCAUCCAUUAAAGAUUUCUAAUAAAACCUUUAGUAGCGAGCGUUUCUGUGUUAAAUUAUUCCAAAUACAAUUUAUUGCAAAAAUAAAAAAUAAGUUUAUAUUCAUUACCAACACUUCUGUUGGAAAUAGAAUAUCUUUAGGCAUUUCCAAUUCUAUCAAAAUCAGUUUGCAGAAUAAAACAAAGACUGACUUUGGUGACAUGACCAUAGAUAGCGAGAGUUACAUAUUCAGCACUAAACCAGUUUAUUAGGAUUUGCUUUCGUAGAUGCCAUUUCAUUAUUUAGUAAAACAUUGUUAAGGUGAAAACGACGAAACCUGCUUCUUUAUAAUGUUAUAUGCAACCUAAUUCAUAUUCUAUUCUCAGGGUUUCAAUAUUAUUUGUAAGGUACUGAGAGGACAUGUUACUGGAAUGACAAACAUGCUAACGACAUACUUAAUGUUAAGUGGUAACCUGUAUACACUACAAGCAGAUAUAUCAUGUAAUGUGAUUUCCGUGGUACCACUCAUUCGUUACCAUACCGGAGAACUUGUAUGUUAUGCUUUCGUACCUACAAUUUACUACUAUAUAUCUCUCUUAAACGAAUCACGUUUUAUACUGCAAGUUGUUUGCUUGCUAAAAUAGGUAAAGCCGAGGUUCCCACGGAAACAUCUUUGCAGAAAGUCUACCUUUGCUGAACUAUGGAUUUGUAACUCCUUUAUCGGUUCUAUCGUGGGAUUUUUUUUGUAUUUGUCAUUAAAUUAUGUCAGUUAUUGUAAAUUUGCAUACAAUUUUAUACAUUCUCUUCUGUAUAAAAAUUAAAUUCCCGCAGACCACCUUUGACUUUCGGACACGUGAGAUGUGUCUAUUAGCAAAGAACUAAUAUCUCGAACAAUGGCUAACACAUAGGAAAGUUACCUUUUACUUCACAGAUAUGUUAAUAAAUUUGAGGUACAACUCAUGCUAUAGUUUGAUAUUCCGAAUAUUUAAUAUCCGUAAUUAGUAUAUUUUGAUUGAAUAAACGCUCCGAGGAUCCUCUUCGACUGCGCAGACCAUUAGGAGCGAACAAUUGAUUAUUCCCUAUCUUUAGAUACUGCUUAAUGUUUACAUUUAUAAAAUGCAUCACAGUUAACACGUACAUAUAUUUUUAGCCAUAAUCUUCGAGUUUGCUUAAUAAUAUCCAAAGUUUUAAUAUUUAUAUUACUACUAUAUUUCUUUAGAAACAUACCACGAAUGACUAAUCUAUGAACCUUUGCCAGGUGCCAAGUAUUUUAUUCUACUACCUCCUUUUUCAUAGAUACAUUUUUUACGUAUACUUAUCCAAUUGAUAAUAACGACGAACAUAAUCUGAAAAGCAACGAUUCUAUAUUGCUCUCUAAUAAAUUGAAUCUACAUUUGCGUAUAGGUAAAUCUUCUAACAUCAUUAGAAAAUUGUGUCAUGAUAUCGUACGAACAAGAAUCAAUAUAAGCAAUUCAGUUUAUCAUUCAAUAACGUGAUGUCAAAAUCGUCGGCAGAUACCAUUAUCUGGACAGGCUUGCAACUUGUGAUA